GAAUAUCUACUUAUUAUUAGUAUUAGUGAUAAAACAAUAGAUAUUUUUUGUUUGUUUGCAAAUCCAUAGCAAUUAUGUGUCCAAUGAUUGGUUAGAUUUGAUGGACAAUGGAUUAACUUUUUUGCGGUUUAAAAGACUAACACAUUAUAAGCCUAUAAUUAAUAUAAGCUUUGAUUUGUCACCAAAAACACUGUUAUUUUACUGUCAAACGGUUAACGUCUUUGUGGACAACAAAUUGAUGUCCAUUUUUUGGGGACAAUUUCUGACCACAUAAUCGAUAGUAUAGUUAUGUAUAUAAAGAAAAUUACAAUCAGCGGUUUUAGGUCAUAUCGCGACACUAAUGUAGUGGACGAACUGUCCGCUGGCCAUAAUGUGAUUGUCGGCGGUAACGGUUGCGGCAAAAGUAAUCUAUUGAAUGCCAUUCAGUUUGUCUUAAGCGAUGAGUUCAAGGGAUUGGCGGCCAAUCAACGACAACAACUGAUCAAUGAAAGCCAUAAACAGCGGUUACUUAUGGCGUUUGUCGAGAUCGUUGUGGACAACACCGACCGCCGAAUACCUUUAGAUGCAAACGAUGUUAUAUUGCGGCGACAAAUUGGUCUUAAGAAGGAUCAGUACUUUUUGAACAACAAGAUUGUCAACUAUUCCGAUAUCGUCAAUAUGUUAGAGGCGGCCGGUUUUAGCAGAUCUAAUCCAUACUAUAUUGUUAAACAAGGAAAAGUAAACGAAAUGGCCGUCGCUUCUGAUGAGUAUCGUUUGCAAGUAAUGCGCGAAGUGGCCGGAACUCGUAUUUACGACGCCCGCAAAGCCGAAGCCAUGAAAUUGUUGACCGAAAGUCAACAGCGAUCCGAACAGAUGGAGGACUGCUUCAACUCAAUGGAUGAGCGGUUGAAUGCAUUGGAGAACGAGAGCAACGAUUUGAAGCAUUUCUUGAAAUGGGAUAAAAGGCGACGACUUGUCGAGUAUACCAUAGCUAACAAAGAGUCGGAAUCAAUCAAGAAUAGUGUCGCCAAAUAUCAGAUACAAUAUCAACAGGAAAGAGAUCAGUUGGAACUCAAACAAAAUUCACUUCAAGACAUCCAACAGAAGAUGAAGUUAUGCGAGAAGAAGAUUAAAGUUAUUGUUGGAGUUAUCGAUGAAUAUACAAAAGACAUGACAAAUAUAUCCGAAUUUAUCAACGAUUUGAAUGAACAGAAAGAGCGAAUCGCGUUUUCAGUCAAAGACUUUAACGAUUCGGUAAACCAGACAAAAAAUAAUGAAUUGAAAACAAAACAAGAGUUGAAAAGUGUUAUAAAGCGUAUUAAAGACUCUCGAAAUAUGUUGAAGAGUGUCUCACAAAAGUAUGAUCAGCUGAAAAAAGAUGAGAACGAAGUGGUGGCCAAAUUGAAGGCUAAACAGAGUCGAAGAGUUCAGAUAUACGACAAAUUGAAACGCAAAGAAAGCUUUCGGACAGUAGAAGAUCGCAACAAAUGGAUUGAAUCCGAGUUAUCGAAAGUUUACAAAGAAAUUGAAACCAAUGAACAGCGAGUCAAAGAUUUGAAGAGAGAAGAGGAAGAAUUGAGAACAAGAAGAAUCAAAUUGGAAAAAGAGAAGAAGAGGUUCACUGACGAAGAAAAUGAAUUAAUUAAGAAAAUGGAAAACAAGAAGAAGUUGUUGUGUGAGACAAAUAAAUUCAUUAAAAUAAUGGAAAACAAAAGAUUUGAACUAUGGGAAGUGGAAAAUCAAUUGAAACAAAAAGAGUUUGCCAUAAGUGAUGACAAACAGAAAAUUGAGAAAAAGUUUGAAAGGUUUUGGGGAACAGCGGCUACUAUUGGCCGUCAAAGUGUGAAUGAAGUUUUGAAAAUGUUUGAACUAAUGGCCACUCGAUCGGCAAGUGAUCGCAAGCGACUGCAGCCGAUAAUAGAUGGCUAUUUAGGUCAAGUGAUCGAUUGUUUUACAUUUGAUGCGGCCGUCACUAAAGCACUGGACGUGUCUGCGAAGGGUAAACUGUUUCACCAUAUCGUGGAAAAUGACAAAAUUGCGACACAAAUAAUGAAAGAGUUGAACACUCGGAAAAUGCCCGGAGAGUUCACUUUCAUUGCUUUAAAUCAAUUAAAUUUCAAACCCGUCAGAUAUCCAGAAUUUGGUAAUAACGCUCGUCCGUUGACUACACUGUUGAGAUACGACACUAAAUACCAGAAAGUAUUGCGGUUUCUGUUUGAUCGGACUCUGUUGUGUCGCGAUCUCGAAACGUGUACACUAUAUGCCCGAAGUGCUGACCUCGACUGUGUCACACUGGAAGGCGAUUUGGUUUCACGUAAAGGACUAAUGAGCGGCGGACACGUACGUGACGAGACCCGAAUCGAUGUCUACAAUAAAAUUAAGGCAAUCGCCGCCGCUUUGGAUUCGAUCAGCAAUGAGAUAAAAGAUUGUUUAAAAGAGAAAGAAGAUAAUGAGUUAUUGCUUGGAAAUAAUGUGGAUCAGAUGACAGGUCUGGAUGUUGACCAGAACAAGACCAACAAACGGUUAGCCGAUCUUAAAGUCGCUAAGAAUGUCCACCAUCAAGAAUUGGUUGAUUUGAAUACUAAAUAUGAAUCAGUUAUUAGAAGUUUGUCAUCAUUGGAGUCAAUAUUGCCGGCAAUGAUAACAAAUCGAGACUCAUAUGAGGCCGAACUCGAACUGGGAUUAGAUUCGCAAUUGACUACAAAUGAACAAAAAGAGUUGAAAGCCAUCGUUCAAGAGAUAGAAUCGCUGUCCAAUCAGCACAAAGAGUUGUGUGAUAAACGAUGUCAGUUUGCCACCGAAAAAACGAGACUUGAAGUCGAAUUAGACGAGAAUUUGGAGAAACAAAAGAAUGAACUCGAGUUCAAUAUAAUUAGUGCCAAAAUUGCCGAAAACGAGACAUUAUUCGAGACUGAAUCGGCUGAUCUCGAAAUGAUAAGUAAGAAAAUCAAUGGUCUUCGCCAGCAAUUGGAUGAAAAAUACACAAAAAUGGAUGAAUUGGUUCGACAAAAGAGCGAACAGAUAGAAAUGUUGGACAAUAUAAGAUUAGCCGAAGAAAAGCAAUUAAAUUUGAUGAAUAUUGACGCCAAACAUAUGCGUAAAAUUGCUGUCAAAAUGGAGACAAUUGAACGCAAAAAUGGUGAAUACGUUAGAAAACUAAAGCAAAUGGGUACAAUACCUAAUGAAUGUGAUGUCGAUUAUGAAAAUAUGAGAAUCGAUGAUCUUUACAGAGAAUUACAAAAAUGCAAUAAAAAGAUCUCUCGAUUAACUAAUGUCAAUCAAAAAGCAUUGGAUCAGUUAAAUGAAGGCAAAGAAAAGGCUCGUAUAUUGAAUGCCGAGAAGCAAGCAAUUGAUUUGGGCUAUCAUUCAAUUGAGAAAUUGAUUGAAUCGUUGGAACAUCAGAAAUAUGAAGCCAUUCAAGUGACCUAUAAAUCGGUAUCAAAACAUUUUGUAGACAUAUUUAAGCGAUUGGUUCCCGAAGGCACAGCAUUUAUCGAUAUGAUAUAUGCGGACACCAAUGGCACCAAUUCGGUGGCCUCUCAAGAUAGUCAAGAGUCGCAAUCAUCGGGUGCUAUUUCGGGAAUUGGUUUAUUGACUCCUAUAUUGAACAAAAUCGAUAAUUUUGUUGGCGUCAAAAUACGUGUGGCUUUUACGGGAACAGCUAUUGUCAAAGAGAUGCAUCAGUUAUCUGGUGGACAAAAAUCAAUAGUGGCCCUGGCAUUCAUAUUUGCUAUCCAACGGUGCGAUCCGGCGCCGUUCUAUCUGUUCGAUGAAGUGGAUCAGGCAUUGGAUCCCAUUUAUCGCAAAGCACUCUCUGUUAUAAUAAGAGAAAUGUCACGAACUUCACAGUUUAUAACGACAACAUUCAGACCCGAACUGCUCGACUGCGCCAACAAAGUGUUUGGCGUUAAAUUCAGAAAUAGAAUCAGUCAUAUUGGAUCAAUUACUAUGGAGUUAGCCAAAGAAUUUAUUGAAGAAUCAGAUGAAUCAAUGGAUAGAUCGCGAAGAGAUCAAAGCAGCAGAAAGAGUGUUCGCUUUGACACUUCUGCUGAUAAAUCUGUUUAA